AUGCUUACGCACGCCACGUUGAAGGCAUAUUUGGUUUUGGCAUGGCGGGCGCUAUUCAGGAUUUGCCCAUGGAUUCAAUUGGAAACAUUUCAGAUCAAUGAGAACUUUUUGGGUGUUUCUGGCAAACCCACGGUGUUGUUGAUGAACCACCUGUCGUUUCUGGAUGCGGUGUUAGCGGUGCCGAUGGCACCGCUCCAUCGAUGUGCUGAUGUGCGAGUGCUAGUGGCAAACUAUGUCUUUUCCAUUCCGUUGUUGGGCCGCGUGAUGCGGGCGAUUGGACUGUCAGAGGUUCCUUUCAAAGCGGCACCAGAUGAUGUUUCCAGCAUGGCCGUCGAGAAGGAAGCGAUGGAGGAGCAGCUUCAAGCUUUUGCCGAGCACAUCAAACAAGGUGGCGUCGGCGCUUGGUUUCCCGAAGGACUGCGCAAUCGCGGUGAUCCUCUCAUUCUCCAGGAUUUUCGCGCGGGCGCUUUCGUCACAGCUGUGCAGACAGACGUCGACGUGUGGUGUUUGGCGUCGGUGGGAACGAAUGUUUGCUGGCCAGUGAAGUCGUUAGUGGGCGGCUUGCCAGCACGCAUUGGUGUGAGAAUGUGGCAUAUGGGCAGCAGCCACGAGCUGCUUGCUGCGGAGUCUCUGCCGAUGGAUUGUGGUGUCAGAGCAAAGGCCAUCCGACUUGCCGAGUUGGCCAAAGCAUCCAUGCAGGCCGGGAUUGAUGACCUGGCAGCCCGAGGGUUUUCAGGUCAAGAAGCUGGCAAAGCGGACAAGGUGAGCUAG